AUGCCGUCGCCGUUACCGCAAGGCCUUAGAGAUCCUCCAUCAUACUCGUCGGUUCCAAACUUGGGAUACAGAUCCAUCCCGGCUUCUGCUCCUCCGCCACCGUAUAUAGCAGAUGCGCCGACAACGCCACCCCCCGCCGAGAGCAGCAAGAGCAGCUCCGAACCUGACGAAAAGGCCGUCUCAGACGACACGCUGCAUUUUCUAGACCACGAACACGACACCGUACAGUCGCUGUCGCUACGGUACGGCGUGCCUCCUACAGCGCUGCGGCGGCGGAACAACCUCACAAGCGACCACCUUCUGGUCGGUCGAAAGACUGUCUUGAUCCCUGGCGAGUUUUAUAAAGGCGGCGUCAGUCUGUCUCCUCGGCCCGUCGAGGGCGAAGAGGAGGAGCUGAGAAAGGGUAAGAUUCGACGCUUCAUGACAGCCUGCAAAGUCUCAGAUUAUGAUUACGCUCUGCUGUAUAUGGAGCAGGCCGGCUAUGAUAUUGAUGUCGCCAUCACGGCUUACAUGGAUGAUGAGGAUUGGGAGAGAAGCCACCCAAACCGGAGGGAUAGCGAGGCGAACAAGGUCCGCAAUCGUGGCCUUUUUUGGAGGGGACUAUAG